GAUCGUACGAGUGCACAAGUUAUUGCGUCUUGAUUGUUCUUUUUGGUCAUCCGUUGUAGAUGAAUGUGAACCAGAUCGUACCUUCAGUAGACUCGUAUCUUCAGCAGCGAGUAGUUAUUCGAACUUAUUAUUUUGAAAUCGUAUCAUCAAUACAGACUUAUAUCUUCGGACUCUGUUGUCAAUAGAGGCGAGCAACAGUUAUUCGGAUCUGUACUUUCGUUAUACUACACUGGAUAUCCGGAGGAUGUUCAAGAAAAGGACAAAAAUCAGAAUCUGGUGAAGCGUUUUCCAUAACUGUGACCAUUUUUACCGCCAUUCGGCUUCAAAUUGCUUGCUGGGUUGAGAAACUUUCACAUCAAUAUCCAUGACUCUCUGUUCACGUAGUAAGCCAGCAUCUGAAAAGCAGACGAGAGACAGUCAACCGAUUCCAAGUCCAGAUCUUCAAGAAAAAAUGAAGUUCCAUUGUCCUGACAAAACUUUACGAAAGGAGUACAGGCUUGCAGAUGGGGCGAAAACAGCCGACAGUGUUAAGUGCCAGUUCUGUGGUAAGGUGUUUCCUGAUAAUAACUCCUUCACCAUCCAUGUCAAGAAACACAGCAGUCGUCAUAAAUGUAAGGAAUGUAACAAAACUUUGAGCUCUGCAAGUUCUUUGGAUCGUCACAUGUAUGUGCAUUCAGGCAAACGUCCAUUUAAAUGCAAACUAUGUCCAGUUUCUUUUACUACUAGUGGGAAUAUGCGUCGCCACAUGCGUAAUUCCCAUGGUGCACAAUGUACCCCCAAGAAUGACAGUUAUGGACCUGUGUCAGAGAAUGAUAAGCAAUCUAAAAAAUUUUCGCCAGUUAAAAGAAAGCAGUCAGAUUUAGAGACUUAUCUUAUUCCAGAGAACAGUGAAAAUGAUGUUGAAAGAACUGCCAAAAGAUUUGCUUUUAAAAAGAGAACAGGAGAAGCAAGUGAAGUAUUCACAUGUCCUGUUUGUUUCGAAAUGUGCAUGUCUCUAGAAUUGUUUCAGCUGCACAUGGAAAUCCAUCCCGAUGACGCUAUAACGUGUCCUUCUUGUAAAGUUGUAUCAACUAAUUAUAAAUCUUACGAAAUUCAUUCUUGUACUCAUUGCGAGUCACAAAGUGAAGAGGAAUCUCCUCCAGCUGGCUUUCAAGGCAUGUCAAAAGAUUAUGAGUUUUCUUCCAAGAAUUUUCCAUUGCUAGCAAGGAAUGCUUGUGAAGAGCAUCCGAGGUGUCCUAACAACACCUCAAUAACUUUUAAAUGUUUUUGUGGUUUAGCAUUUCCUUGCAAGCGGUCGCUUGGUCUACAUGAAGCUGGGCAUAAAGCAGACACAUUCUGCUAUAUAUGUCGUUGUGAUUUUGCCUCUCUUAAAGAGCUUAAGGAUCAUCAGUGGUUGAAGCACAAUUGUAUGGAUGACUACAAGAAUCUGAAACCAUCAUCCAGCUUAAAAGUUGAAAAAGAUACUUUUAUGGCAACAUUAGGCUUGCUGGCUCAUGUUUCAGUAAAAUCAUCUUCUGAAGGUGUGCCACAACCUGAAGAAUCUUGCUCACUAUUUUCUGAUGAUUCUGAAAAUGUUGAGGGAGAACUAACUGUUGCUGAAACUAGUAAUGAUCUAGCUGAUAUUCCAUCCAUUAUCUCUCUUACUUCAUCUGUUCCCUGCAUGACAACUUCGCAGACUUCUUCCUCAGAACAUUCAGUUGAGCUGACAGUCGACUUGCCUGCUGUUGAAAGUAGUGCAUCUAAUAACAGUACUGACACAUCUACAAGUGUAAAUAAGGUGGUUUCUGUCCAGGAAAGCUUAGAGGGUAUGAAAAUUAAUUUUGAGAGUAAGGAGCAGUUAGAGCCUGAACUUAAGUUCAGCUGUAAGCAGUGCCAGUUUAAUUUUCCUACUUCACGAGAGCUGAAGCAACAUGCCAAAUCUCAUUCACAGUCCGGUCAGCCGUAUCAAUGUUCAUUCUGCUCUUACCAGAGUUCUGAUAGGAGCACUCUUACAAGACAUAUGUUGACUCACAAUGGAGAGCGUCCAUUCAAAUGCAGUCUGUGCGAUUUCGCUUUCACCACAAAAGCCAACAGCAUUAGGCAUGUUAAAAAGAAGCACGAACUGUCAGAAAGCCAAGCAGCUGAUGCUGUAAUUUAUAAUCCGAAUAUGUCAGAAUCUGGAGCUUCAGUUAAUGCUACAAAUGACAGUAGUAGCACAGAAACUGUUUGUAAAUACUGCAACACGGAUUUCAAGAAUAAUAGAGUUUUGCGUCACCAUUUAAGGUCGGUCAGUAACAGUUGUCUCUAUAAGCCAUUUCUUUGCCAAAUAUGCAGCUUAGGAUUUUCAACAAAAAAUAAUUGUACAAGGCAUAUCUCUAAGCAACAUCCUGAAUGCAUAAUGGUAAAGGAACGAAUUGUUGUUAAUAUGUCAUCACAUCCAGUACAAUAUGAAACAGGAGAAGUGAAUAACAGUGAAGAAUAUAUGGAAAAGCCGUUUGCUGAAGAAUUGCAGAACGUUGGAACUGAUAGUUCCAAUAGUGGUGAAGUUUCACACUUUGAAGAGGUUGAUGUUCAAAACUCUUCUACUGAAGAUGAUAGAGUAUAUGCUGCUCAAUGUUUGGUGAAAUUAUCCCAGAGUGUAGUGCAUCAAGAAUUACCAUUGGAUCUUUCACUUCGAGCUAUGGAUUUGAGUUCGAAGAGUUCAAUCCCAAGUAGAUUUUCAAUAGAAGAAAGUUAUUUAAGUUCCACAAGCAAACCAUUGAGUUCAGUGCCUUCUAUUGCUGAAAAAUUAUUGUCUAAUAUCCAACCUGCUCAUAGUUCACCGUUUCAGUACAUGAGUGAAGUCAGUGCUACAAGUAAUUCAAACAUUUUAUCACCGUUUGGAAUUAAUGAUAGUCAAUCUGAUAUUCACCCUGUGCAUUGUGCAGUUAAUGACACACGGCCUGAUAUUCAACCUGCACAUAGUUCGCCUGUAGUAACGAGAUUUUCUGAGUUUACACGUUUUGAUCAACUCAUUGUUUCCCCAAUUAAAACACUACAAAAUGAAAGUCAAAUUCCUGUCUCUGAGUCCGCACCAGCCAGCUCCCCACUGAUGUGUUUAACCCAAAAUUUGUCUACUCUUCCGUGUCCAACAGUGGUUGAUAACAGCUGUGCUUUUUUACCACAUAAAAAUAUUAGUAUUAGUCUUCCCAUAGAAAGCAAUAAUCAAGGUUAUGAAAAUGUAGAAUAUUCCAUUAAAGAUAACAUAAAACUUUCGCGAAAUCCAAAGACUAAAUGUGUUAAAUGUGAUUAUUGCGAUGCUUCUUUUACUCUAAAAUCAAACAAAGAAAGACACAUCAAAAACAAACACCGAGAAUAUGCCAGGCCAGCCAGAAGUAGAAAUUACAUUCCAUCUCUCUCAAAUGACUCUGUAAAGUCAAAUUCAUCAUCAAUGGUAUCAGAUGAAACAAGGGAUGCUUUGCGUGGUGUCCUGAAUACUAAAGCUAACGGCAGCGGUAGCAAUAAUGUAUUGAAUCUCGCUUUAAGAAAAGCAGAAUGCAUCAUGAAUGGAAAUCCGGGCAAAUCCAAAGAUUACGAAAUGAGAAACAUGUAUGGUGUAGAUGUUGAAAAUGGUUCAGAGAAUGUUGACCUUGCUAGCGUUUCAUCUGUAAUAAGCACAGCCAAUUCUAAAAAAGUUCAGCAAUAUUUAAAAGAAGCAGAAAACUGUGAUUUGAUCAAUCGCACUUCAGAUACUUCAAUGUUAUCCAAAAGAAAGUAUGACUAUGACGAAAAAAUCUAUUUUUCUUCGCUUGAUGAAAAUGGGAAAAGGGAAAGUUCUUACAGCAGACAUAAGAAAAGCAUUCAGUGCAAUUUUUGUAAUAAGACUUUUCCGUGGGAAAGUUCUUUCCAGCGUCAUCUAUUGACACACACUGGUGAUAAGCCAUAUAGCUGUAAAAACUGUGACCAAGAGUUCACCACGAAAUCGAACUGCAAUCGACAUGUUUACAGAUCGCAUAUGAUGAGUGAAAUGAUUGCUGAAGCUUAAGUUUAAAAAGCAUAUUGUAUUGGCAUUUUUCCAUGUAAAUAUUUUAAUGAACUAGAUGGCAUCAUGAUUAUCAUGAUUAUGAAGAAGACAAAUAUGCCGAUUGUGCCAGAAGGUUUCUCUUAAAUAAAGUUGCAUGAUGCAUCUGACAAAACGCAGUUUAGGACUCUAAGAAUUUGUGAACAGCAACAUUUCAAAAUCAGCAUUAGAACAUUCAAUGAAUAGGAACAUUACGGUUUCAUUUUCUGUGGUACAGUAAAUAUCUAAUUAGCGAGGACUUAUUUAUCACCUGUGUUGACUGUUUUAUUGUUACUGGUGAACUAGACUGUGUAAUAUAUAAUGUACCUAGUACUGUCUUCACACAUCGAUAGCAUAUUUUUUGUUGUUGGAAGUACAUUAGUCUUCAAAUAACAGGAAAUAUAAAGUUCAUUAAUAUCAGAUUUGUGGUACUUUUGUAUAGUGUGUUUUUCAUCAAUUCUUUUGAAUCUAAUAUUUAUUAGUGUUAUUAACCCCUUAACUCAGCCGAUGCGUUAACUGCCCCAGAUGCGCAGCCGAUGCGUUAACUUUGCGAAUAAUUUUAGGU